CCCCUUCAAUCAAUCGAUUGACACAAUCAACUCACCAUCCAAACACGGAAUUGGAAGCGUAGAAUUGAAUCUUUCCUCUUCUUUUCUGACUUUUCAAGAAAUUCAGUCGAUGAUGGGGUCGUCGGAGGGCAACCAGAUCAACGACGUCACGGGGUUCCAGCCGUCGGAGCCGGCUCUCUGCGCUAACGGCUGCGGAUUUUUCGGCACGGCGGCGACGAUGGGGCUCUGCUCCAAGUGCUACCGAGAUGUCCGCAUCGAGGAGGAAACAGCGGCGUCGGCUAAAGCUGCUUUGAAGAAACUCGUCAGACCGGAGUCAGGCAAUUUAUCGAUUGGAUCGUCGUCUACGACGGCGUCGGCAGUGGAAUCAGAAACGGAUGUACAGAUGGCCGCUGCGGCGGCGGAGGGUGAGGAGAAGAAGGCGACGGCAAGGAAUCGGUGCUCGAGUUGCAACAAGAAGGUAGGGGUGAUGGGGUUCCAGUGCCGGUGCGGUAGUACCUUCUGUGGGGUCCACCGGUACGCGGAGAAGCACGGUUGUACUUUCGAUUUCAAAGGACAAGGGAGGGAGAACAUUGCAAAAGCCAAUCCCGUGAUCAAGGCUGAAAAAAUUGAUAGGAUCUGAACAUUUUUCAGAAACUGGAAAGAAUUCUGGCAGUAUUUGGGUUAUGGAAAUUGGAAUUUUUAAUUUUCUAUUUUAGUGUUAGUUUGAUUUGAAUUUUAGAAUUUGGUAGCUGUGUAAUAUAAUUAUUAAAUUAUAAAUUGGAGGAAUGGAAGGGGGUGUGGUGGAGGGCCAGGCUGUCCGUUGGGAAUUGACGGUGGGAUUUGUAUGGAUUUGGUUCCUCUAUAAAGUUGCUCAAAUCUUUGAUUUUA